AUGGACAACAUCGUCGACGAAUAUGAACGGCUUGUAGAACAUCUCCACGACUGUACGAGGAAAGCGAAGAGUUUCAAAACCACCAAGAGACGCCAUUCUCCGAAAACUCUAAAGCUGUUACGUCAGUGUGGAGCUGCACCAGCCGCAGGCAAAAAAGAACUCACGUCCGAGCUCGCAAAGUUUGGCAGAACGGCGAUAAAGGAGGACCUCAAAGAGAGAAGAGCAGAAGUGUUGGCUGAAGCUGCAGAGGCGGGACAGAGCAUUCGCUACGCCCGUCGGAACUUCGCCAGUCGUAAAACAACAAUGACUGCUCUCCGGACCCGAUAG